AUGAAUCCGGAAGUGCUCUACUUCUUCCUGGAGGAGCACCUCUUCGGCGUGGACCUGCGCGCCAAGAGGGUUGUGGAGUGCGGCGUGUACGAGAUGGUGGUGCCACCGUCAGGGAAGCCCCCCAACUGUUUCUCCGUCCGCGCAUUGGAGCUGCCGAUCGCGCUUUCCCCAGGUUCGUAUUCUGAUGUUGGCAGUGGUCCCAACGGCGAAGAGGACGUCAUUUCUUUCCCGGGAGGAAUCGCUGAGUCUGCAGAUCGAGUUUGA